AUGUCACGUGACUUUGUGGCAGUAUUGUGCAGGAAGACGAAACGUAUUGUGCGCAAAGACCUCUUCGUGGAAGAUGGUAUGAUUUCAGACCCCCAAUAUGUACCCAUUGAAUACCCCAUCAAACCCGACUCUCUGAGUCAGCUUCUUGUUAGGACAACAGCUGAUCAUCUCAUAUACCUUUUUGAACAAGGUGUUGAUACAGCUCCUGACAAGCCCAGGGCCAGUGGCGAAAUCCAGGCUAGUGACCCAACAAUAGCAAGGAUGGAACAGAUAAAGACCGGGGGCCUGCCGUUUCUCAGCUAUUGGAUGACCAGACCGCCCGAGGCUCCUUUCAAAGAUCCGGUUAUCACCAUGGAUUCCAUUUACCUCUCUGUUCAACGAGCUUUUGACACUUUUCCUGAAGAGGUGGAAAAAUGCAAAGCUAGAGGAACAGAUACAACAGUUGAUCCUCAAGCUUCCAGUACAGGGAAAGAGACAGUGUUCAGUGUUUCAGAGGACAGAUUUCCUUAUAUGGCCCUUGCAGCUCACCUGCAGACUCUUUCCAGUGAGACAUACCCUUGGGUGAUACCUGUCAUCUCCUAUGUAACAGCAAAAGGAGAGUCGCUGGUCAAACCAGCCACUUCCUUGCCGCCUGAACAGCUUCCUGAAUAA